GGAGAAGGUUGCAUCUCAAGCGCUGAAACAAAAUAAAGGAUGAACUUCAACGACGGACAGGCGCUCAGUCGCAGCUUCCAAGACUUCGCUAGGCAGCCAGGUGUCGCAGCGCUGGUGGAGCAGGCACAGCGCGAGGAGCUGAGCCAAGUGCUGCAGCAGCAGGAUGCGGCGUUGAUGGAGGAUCUGAGGUGCAAGGUCGACGCUGCUGACGCUGCCACCAGAGCGGCGCUAGCCCCGUACCUCACCAUCCCAGUCCUGGCACGUCUUGUGGGCAGCCUAUUCAAUGACCCGGGCACCGACGUGGCGGCGUGGGCGGCCAACCCCCAGGUGCAGUCCAUGCUGCGGCGGGCGCGGCGCAUGCUGCAGCGGGGCGAGGUCAGCGAGCAGCAGCUGGAGGCGGCGCUGCUGACAUACCUCAAGGGCCCGGACAACCCGGGGCGUGCGGAAUUCAAGCAGCUAGCCACACCGCAUCUGGCCAACGCCACGCCCGAGCAGCUGGCGGCGGCGCUCAAUGAGCAGCUAGAGGAGCGGCAGCAGGGAAAUGCGGCCUAUCGGGCCGGUGACAUGCAGGCGGCGCUGCGACACUACACAAGAGGGCUGGCGGUGCUGCGUCUUCUCCGGCCGGCGGGGCCGCAGGAUCAGGCGUUGUUGCAGGAGGCUGCGGUGGGCCUGCAGCUGAACAGCGCGGCGGCGCAGCUGGCUGCGGGCGCCGCCGGCACGUGUGUGGACCUGUGCAGCGAGGUGCUGGCGGCGGCGCCGGGGCACCCGACAGCGCUGAUGCGGCGGGCGCGGGCGCACGUGGUGCGGCACGACUACCAGGCUGCUGAGGCGGACCUGCGCGCGGCGGAGGUGGCGGACGCGGCGGCUGGAGGCGCACGUGCUGCGGAGCUACGGGGCCUGUGGGCAGAGCUACGGGCGCAGCGGCAGCGGGAUCGCCAGGCGGACCGGGGCGUGUGGGGGCGCGUGUUUGCGCCGCCACCGUCAUGAGCUUGUGUCGUGUGGGCGUUGGGCCGGGGACUUUCAGUUGGCACGCCGGCAGACUUCCAGAGUGCAGUCAGCUGGCAAGGCGGCAGGAGCCUGAAGGUCAGGCAGCUGGGCCGCAGGAGCCGGGACGAACAUAUCGGAUGAUGUGCGUGUGCGUGUGCGCCAAACAAACGCAAAGGUACACGUGUGGCUCGGGAGUCGGGACAGCCUGGGGGCGAUGCUGGUUGGCGCAGUGACAGAGACAGGGCAUUCAUCUGUGCAUGCCCCCACUUAAGUCAGGGCC